GUCGCCGUGGGCUAGUGCGCGCCGGCCGGGGCUUUGCCGUUGGAGCGGCAGGGCCCCGGAGGUCGUAGUGCUGGGCUUCCCGCGCAGCGCCUCGCGGGCCGGGGCGUCCGGGGAGGCUCGGGUACGCCAGCGGGGAGGGAUGUGACUUUCAGCUCUUGGACUCUCUGGAGUUGUUAAAAGUUACCGUGUACAUCUACGGUGGCAGUGUGUGUGGAGCAAGUGCUGGCCACACUCGUCGGGAAGCACAGUAGAAAUGGAGCAGCCGUACGUGGUGGACGAUGACGAGUCAGACCCAGAACCACAGCCACGCUCCCAAGAACCCAUCCAAGUCCUCGAUGAGGACGACUCGGAGGACGCCGAGCUGAUCUUUGUGGGGGUGGAGAAUGUAAAGGAGGACGCCGAGCUCAUCUUUGUCGGCGUGACUUCAACCUCACAGCCAGCCAACUCGAACAUCUUGAACAGAGUCACCCCGGGUUCACGGUUAAAAAGAAAGCAUGACCGACUUAGAGAGACCACUACUCAAAGACUGCAGCCCUCACCUCCGGCCGCCCCCACAUCAGAGGCAGCGAUCGUCUUGCCGGUGUCUCCAGCGGAGUCAAGAUCAACAGACAGUCCUAUCAUUAUCGAGCCUUUGUCCGAGUCUGAUUAUAAAAGUAAUUCACAAGUUGUGCCUAGUAGCUCUUCAAAGUGCUGUUCACCUCUGGCUACGCUCUCCAGCUCAGAGAGUGGCCCAGCAAGGGCAGCGUGCUCAGGAGGAGGUUUGAAUGAAAGUCUGUAUGUAUCGAAGUGCCAUUUUUCCAUAAACCCACAGAGGCCUGAACGUAGCAUCGAGAUUGUAGAAGAGCUCUCUUCAGCCUUGCCCCCUUCGGGUCCUUUCCAUACCUCGAAUGCGCAGCAGAGGACGCCUUCCCUUGAGGCUCCCAAAUCACUGAACCUUUUUGUGAACGGGGCGCCUCUGUCAGGGGACCCUGUCCACCCUCGCCAGGACAGUGGGUCGGUGGACACAGACUUCUCGAGUCUAGCAAGUCCAGAGACUUUUGAUCCCAAGAAGGGAAGUUUGACUCUGUUGCUUAGUGACUUUUAUUACGGACAGUAUAAGGGGGAAGGCAAGCCGGAACAGAAGACCCACACAACCUUUAAAUGCCCCAGCUGCUCGAAAGCGCUAAAAAAUGUGAAGUUUAUGAACCACACCAAACAUCACCUGGAGCUGGAGAGGCAGGGGAGUGACGAGGCCUGGGAGAGCCACACCACCUGUCUGCGCUGCCACCGGCUGUUUGCGUCCCCGUUCCAGCUGGAGUGCCACAUCGACCGUGUGCACACAGCGCCAGACCCUUGUGUGGUCUGCAAAAUCUGUGAGUUGUCAUUUGAAACAGAGCAGGUCCUUUUAGAGCACAUGAAGGACAACCACAAGCCCGGGGAGAUGCCCUACGUGUGCCAGGUCUGCAAGUACAGGUCGUCGGUCUUUGCUGACGUGGAGACACAUUUUACCAAGUGCCACGUGAACACGAAGAACCUGCUGUGUCCCUUCUGUCUGAAGAUCUUCAGAACGGGGAUGCCGUACAUGUGCCACUGCCGGGGCCACUGGGAACGCAACGGCCACCAGUGCUCCAAGUGCCGGCUGCAGUUUCUAACCUUUAAGGAGAAAAUGGAGCACAAGACCCAGUGCCACCAGAUGUUCAGGAAGCCCAAGCAGCUGGAAGGGCUGCCUCCCGAGACGAAGGUGGUGAUUCAGGUGUCAGUGAAGCCUGUGGAGGCGGAGUCUGUGGAAGUUGCGUCAAUCACCGUGAGCACAACCGACUGGGAGCCAUCUUGCCCCAGAUCUCAAGGCAGACUUUCCCAGAAGCCCCAUUAACGCUAACCGGGUCAGAACACAGACCCUUCAGAGAGAGAAGACUACAGACCCGCACGUCGGCUAGUCGCUGGCUGGCCCCCAGGACGAUGCACUGAUGAACAGAUCUGUUUAUCUUUAAUUUUGCGAUAACACAGGGUUUGCUUGUUUAGUGUUUGAGGGUUUCUCUUGUUCUCACUUAGUGCUGGCGCUCGACCACGGCUUCACAAAGAACAAGCAAGUGCUCUCCCACCCCAUUCCGCAGCUACAGCGUUUUCCGAGUGAGCAGCGAGUGCUACUUAAAAUACAUCUGGGUUUCACCUUAAGUGUCUGGCUUCACACCAGGAAGAUGUCUGUGUCUGUGUCCUCGUGAGUGGAAGGCAGGCUAAACCUAUUUAUUAGUAUUUCAUGUAACCCUCAGUUUGAGAGCUCUUUUUGGAGUUUGGGGGGCUCACAAGGCCUCACCUCUCCCUGAAGAUCCUUACGCAGUCUGCGCUUGCUGUAGGAGGGAGAGAGACCAAUUCUUCUUUUUUGAGAGCCAUCUUAAGUGGUAUAGCAUGGGCAAGUGGACAGCCACACGUCCCUUUCAGUCUUGAAGCCAAAGAAGGAAUCCUGCCUGAAUGUCUUUACCUAAAAGAGUGUCCGAGGAGGCCGAGCCAUUCUGUAGAAGGCCCAUGUUUGUGAAAGGCCCUCGCAAACAUUAAAAGCACAGCUGUGCGUUCUCAGCGCCACGGGAAGCAGCAGCGGCGGGUAGAAGACUGGGAGGGAGCCGACGACCAUGACCACGGGCUCGUUUUGCUUGAUGCUUAGGGUAGCUAGAGUUAUCCACUCUCUGUUCGGCCUUGGCUAGCUGUGAUUGAAGAACUGGCCAUGCCCUCACGGCCACAGCAGUAAAGCAAGUUGUCCUUUCCCAAGGAAAGAAGUCGUGGCAUUUGUAGUUUGAAGUGUGUUGAUUGAACCUUAGGUAUAACUGAAAAGGUUUGGGAAAAUGGCAUCUGUCCAGUUUAUGGCCUGGGCUGAACUUAGUUGUACUCAAGCUGUAAUAGGAACUUGCCCAAUGAUAUUGGACAUAGCACAAACAGUAGACCAGGGUGACUAGAACUUAACCCUCUGUGGGGCCUUUGUUCUUCAAUCCAUGUGUGGGACGGAGUGGGUGAAGCUUGCCAUUUGGUGCCCUGGUGCUUUUUUUCCCCCUUGGUGCUAGGGAAUAAACCCAGGGCCUUACAUGUACCACGUAAGGGCUCUGCCACUGAACUAACUCCCUAGUCACCAUUUGUGUCUUGUCUCAUAGGUGGCUAGAAUGUCUGUGUAAUUUCCCUUUGUUGGGUGUAUAACUCCCGAGUUGAUCACACUAAUAUUGCUUGGGUCUUACUUGAAGCACUUUUGUGUGCGAGAUUAUGUCCUAAAUGAAGACUUGCCUUUUCCCAUGUGAUAUAGUGACUCAGCUGGUCACUAGUCUAUGGAGGAACAACUUUUCGUAGAACUGUAGAGCAUCCUCUGAGGAUUGGUCUUCACCUUCAGUAGCAUUAGCUCUUUCUGUAAAUCUCCAGAGCUGUCCUUGAGCCUGGCCCAGUGCCACCUGUUGUCCCUCCACCUCCAGCCCAGGUGACCAGCUGCUGCUGCUUAUCCCUUAAGGAGUCUGGGUGCAUGCUGGCUGUAGACACUGGUCUCAAAAACUCUCUGAGUUUCCCUAUCCUUUCUUUAAAGGUACCUUAUCUUGCUGGGUGUGGUAGCACACACUGGUAAUUAAUUAGAGCUCUUGGGAGACCGGAAGAUCUGCAGUUCACACUCAGCCUGAGCUCUUCAGUGAGUUCCAAGGUACCCAGCAAGACCCUGUCCCUUAACAACAAAAGAGUCAGUGGGGACAGGUUCCUUAGAUGUCCCUGUCCCAUUUUUCCUUCCUCGGUUUAGUGAAGUUUCCCUAGAUUCCAUGAAAAAAUGAGCAGAGGUUUUCGCCAGGUCAUGGCCAUUGAUCGACUGUGAUCUGUCUCCUUACUAUUUUGAUGGGCCUUUUCAGUGAUUUCUUUUUUCCUUUUUUUUUUUUUUUUUUUUUUUUUUGGCCAUGUCACGCUCGCUCUCACGCUCUGUUUUCCCUGUACCUUUUUUUUUUUUCUUUUCUUUUCUUUUUUUUUUUUUCUUUUUUUCGGAGCUGGGGACCGAGUACCUUUCCUUUAGAUGUAGGAGGUGUAUUUGUUCCCCUUGUUCUGGAGGAAAAUCCCAUCAUCUAUGAAAUGAGUCUGCAGACUUAUGUACUGUCUGUGGUAAAAGUGAGAACCCUCUUAGACCUGUGUUGUCUUCAGCCCAAUAGCUGUGGUUUUCUGUUUCACUAAAGCAGGCUCCGAAGGAGUACAGACUGUUGUUUACUGCUAAGGGAGGCCCAGGGCUCUGGCUCCUGCCUACCUGCUUCUCCUGUCCCCUGCCGCUGUCCAACAGACUCCCCCGGUACUGCACUGUUGUGACUGACCUGGCCGUUCCUCAGUAAAUUCCCGAUCCCUCCUGUGCAGAAGCUGCGGGCUGUUCCCUUGUCACAGUGCUUUCCCUAAGCCUGCAUGGCUGCUACCUCACUUGUGGUUAUUAAGCUUAUCAAGAUUUUUAGAGUGACUCGAAAUGUCCCCUGCUUCUGAAGCCCUAUGUACCCUUCUCUUGGAAGGCAAUUACCUCUCCCUGCAGCUUUCUUCUCCUCUCUGCAACCUAGCCAAGUUUCCUAGUCGCAGAACUUGAGGAAGAAAUCGUUAGCAAGAGCUUUGGUUCGUCUUAGAAGUGAGCUAGCUUAAGUCCAUUUUUGUGCCUCUAACACAAAGAAGUAGAGUGAGCUGAGUCUCUGGAAGCUUUCUGUUUUAUAUUGACAGCUCUAUCUAUUUUUAAAGCAAUGUCACUUUGUUUUGUUUACACAUGAAUUAAAUAUUUGUCAAGAUUACUAUUUUGUUACUCUGUGAAGUUGGUUGCUUGUUUUACCAAAUAAAAGUUAUUAUUUUAAUGUUGCCAAAGUUAUUUAUAAGAACUAGUAAUUAGAAUAAAGCAUUUUGUGGAAACCUUUUGUGUCUUUUUGUUUUUACUUUGAGCACCAUGUAUUUUAGUUUAAUUUUUGUUUUGUGUCUUCUGCAGUUGAGUUUAUUAUUUUUCUUUUUUUCUUGGAUAUUUUAUAUAUUUACAUUUUAAAUGCUAUCCCCUUUCCUCCCUGACUUUAUUUUUACCACCUCAUUGGUUAUAACUUGUAAGUGAUAUGUUCAAUAAAGCUAAUAGUCUUCUUUAAUUUUAA